CAAACUCGGACAUUAGCUUUUUAUUUUAUUUUAUUUUAUUUUUUUUGCACUCCUUCUUUUAACGUUAAUAACCUAUCAACCACACCUUCAACUAUGCGCGCUUAUCUUUACGACAACCUUGACACUGACUGCAGACUGCCUCAUGAGCUUGAGCCUUCGGUUCCUGUCUCGGCUGAAGAAUUAGCAGCUUCCGGAGUCCUUUAUUGGAAGUUACAGGACGAGAACUUUGAGGAGCAAAUCGACAAAAUCUGUGAAGAACGUAACUACAAGAACCGUGACCAGAUUACGGUUUCCAAGGAAGGUCUCGGUGCCUUGUUUGACGAGAAGAUCAAGACGUUUUUCGCAGAGCAUUUGCAUGAGGACGAAGAGAUUCGUGCAAUUCUUGAAGGCACUGGAUACUUUGAUAUCAGAGAUAGACAGGAUCGUUGGGUUAGAAUUAAAGUUGAAGCUGGUGAUUUAAUUGUUUUGCCCGCUGGCAUCUAUCACCGCUUCACUCUCGAUACCAACAACUACCUCAAGGCUAUGCGUCUGUUCAAGGAGGAUCCUGUUUGGACCCCUCUUAAUCGUCCAUGUGAUGAAAACCCACACCGCAAGGCCUAUCUCGAGGUCAUUGCCGCCAAUUAAAAAGAGAGGGUAUUUAAACAUUGAGAAGAUUAAGUGCUUUCUUGGUAGAGCUAUUUUUUCUUCUUUUCUUUUCUUUUCAAAUCACUACCCUAGUCCCCCACUCUAUUUUUGCACAUAUUCAUCCAGCUGUAAGCUGUAAGGCAUUUAACUUUGCGGACAAAAAUAUAAUAAAAAAAUAUAUCAUGUCAGCAACUGAAAGCGACAUCGUGUAGCUGUUUGAUCAAUCUCCCAAUCU